UCUCAUCACUACGGACGCUCGUAGCACAUCCCUUAAGGCGGCUUCUCACUAGCUGGUUACGAUGAAAUAUAAAACCUAUUUGGUCUUUGCGCGUUAAUUCGUUCCAAAUUCAAAAACCUUCCCAGUAUCGCGCAUAAUUGUUAAGUUUAAAAAUUAUGUGUGUGUUCAAACUAGUGCUAAGUGAUAAAACUUUGUGAUUAAUUUGAACAUUGUAAAAGUUGUGUGUAAAAACAAUUGAGAUUGUUUUCGGAGCGGGUUUUUAAAUGGAAAUGCCUCCUCGAAGGUUGUGAGGCUGAGGAAUGGCACGUGUGGCGGCGGCAUGCCUCUUUACGGUGAAUUUUCUGUCAUACAUAAUCGUGUGCCACCAAGAUAGCAGUAGCAACCGAUCACGCGAACAAAAUUCCGUAUCGGAGUCUUCGCGAAGAUUUAGAACGGAGUUCUUGGAAGACUGGCCACAAACACCGGGAUCUCCAUACUUUGACCCUAGUACUCCAGACAACGUAACCGGUCUAGUUGGACACCCGGUCACACUUCUAUGCAAAGUGAAGAACCUUCAAAAUCGUACUGUUUCAUGGGUGCGUCACCGCGAUAUCCAUCUGCUAACGGUGGGCCGUUACACGUACACAUCAGACCAGCGCUUUGAGGCACAGCACAAGCCGCGCUCCGAGGAAUGGGCCCUUCGUAUCCGCAGCCCGCAACGUCGCGACUCCGGCCAGUACGAGUGUCAAAUUUCUACCACACCACCUAUUGGUCACGCCGUCUACCUCAGUAUUGUAGAACCAGAAACUGAAAUAAUGGGCGGUUCCGACUUAUUCAUCUAUGCGGGAUCAACUAUAAACCUUACGUGUAUCGUAAGGCAUACUCCCGAACCGCCUAACGCCAUUAACUGGAGUCAUAGAGGAAAGGUAGGAAAGACUAUAAAUUUCGACUCAACGCGUGGUGGAAUAUCGUUGGUGACUGAAAAAGGGAUCCAUAGCAGUAGUAGGCUAUUGGUGCAGGCUGCGCGCACGUCAGAUGCAGGUGCAUACGAAUGUGUACCUGAUAAUGCGCAGUCAGCUUCCGUGAGGGUACAUGUACUUACUGGAGAAUCGCCCGCAGCAAUGCAAGGAAAAGCUCAUUGGAUUAAAUACAGACCAUCAUCAAUCUUACAUUUGAUCGGUGCAUUGCAUUUGUUCAAAUGGUGUAUAUCAGUAAUAAGUAAUUAAUUGUAAAAACGUUAAUAAAUUUUACAUAUUACGUCGUAUUGUAAAGUAUGUAAUGUAAAUAAUUAAAACCCUGUACUUAUGUGAUAUUGUGACUGUAAUGUCUAAAUAUAUAAUCUGUUAAUAAUUAUUAUUUAUUUAAAAAUACAAAAGAAAUAUUAUCUAAAGAGUAUAUAAAUGGAAAAUACCUACUAGCGCAGAUUAAUAAAAUAAUAUAAGUGAUACAAUUUUGUUAAAAACCAUGCAUUUUUUGUUACUAAUGAACUAAUCCUGAACAAACUCUCUAAACUUAUACAUGCUGUAGAGAGCGUGCACUCAUCUGGAAGCAAUUGGCUAGAGUGGAAGUGUCCGUUCGUAGCGUUAGCAAGCGUGUGUGUGUUUCAUAAAAAUAGCAUUACACUACACAGGAUUGGAGACGAGCUAAUCAUUUAAGUGGCAGGGAGGACUAAUCAUUGGUUUGGUCAAAGCACCAAGUCAUUGUUCAGAAUCGCUGCAACCAAAAUUAAAGUAGCCAUGAUGAUUACCAACCUUCGAAACGACUAAGCUCUAUAAGACACGGAAUUGGCACCAAAGUUUAAGAUUAAUUAACGAAAUACGCAAAUUUAUUUCAACACCUUUUGUUCGGAUAAUGCAGUCACAAAUUUUGUAUAAUGAUGUAAGACAUCGAAAUUAGUAUCUGUGCUAAUGCAUGGAUGCAUAUAUCCUUAUCAGGGUAUUAUAAUUUUAUAUAAUUUGAUUCAAUUCCACUGUUGUAGCAACUCUAUGUAGUAUAUCUAUAGUCUAGUGAUAUUGUUUAAAUAAAUUCAAAUUUGAUUUCAAUAAAAGAUACGUUUU